UCACGUGACCUGUUGGGUACUUAGUAUAAAAGGAGGUGGGGCGCGAGAUUUCUUCUGAGUCAGUACGUUUUGGGAUCGUUGCUGAAUUGGCAGGAAACAGCGCAGGUCAGAAAUGAAUACCAAAAUGAAACGUGGUGCGGACAAUGAAAAGCCUACUAUGUCAAUCAAGAGCUAUUUGGAUAAGGCAAAUGCUGCUCCAAGAAGGACUCUUAAAGUUAUCCAGCCUUCCACAUCUGGGCAUCUUGUUGGAAGAGUUGAUAAAGAGCCCUCUAAAAACUCUACAAAAAGAAAGCUGUGGAAUGACCAGCUAUCUUCAAAGAAGGCAAAAGUGGAAGUUGCUGUUGAUCCAGAGCAAGGGGAAAAUAAAGAAUGCUCAACAGAAGCCUACGAACUUAUGGUGAAAGAGGAGCCAAGUAGCCUUUACUGGAAAGAAAUUGCAGAGCAAAGAAGAAAGGCGCUUUAUGAAAUCUUACAAGAAAAUGAAAAGCUGCACAAAGAAAUUGACCUUAAAGAUGAUGAAAUUCAGCGCCUGAAGAUGGAAAAUGAUGAGCUAAUGGAGCUUGCAGGGCAUGUUCAGUUUAUGGCCAGCUUGAUUGAGAGAUUGACUGGAUGUGCACCCCAAAGUAUUGAAGACCUUAAGAAUCUUGACUUGGAAGAAGCAAGGUGUGAUGCCGAUGCUCAGGAGGGCCAGCAAUUAAAUUCUGAUGAUGAUGCAGAUGAUCAGGAAGACCAGCAGUUCAGUUCUGAUGAAGAUGCAGAUACUCAGGAGGGCCAGCAGUUCAACUCUGAUGCCAGCAUGGAAGAUUCAUCUGUUUAAAGACUACACACAGAUUACAUGACUUUCUUUAAAGGGCCCAUGUCACAUGGCUAAGUGAAUUGGACAAGGAGAAACUGCCAUUACACCAGUGCCCUUGCCUCUGGGAUGUGCUACUAGACAUCUCCACUUAAGUGCUAUGGGGAAUUCAGCAUUGCAAUGCUUCAUUGAGCUGAACUUCUAACGUGCACUAAAGUUUUUAAUUCUUACAAGUAACCUGAUCCAGCCGGUCGCUUGUAGUAACGGUAAAUACUGUGUAUUUCACUUUUUGUAAAUAGUUUUUUUUUUUUUUUUAAUCUGUUGACCUUUAUCUGAGGUGAC